AUGAUCAGGAUAUGGGUGAUGUUUGUUUGUCUUGAGAGACAUCAUUACAAUAAGGCCCCACUAGUUUGGCUUUCUAUGUGCUCUUACUGGGGCAUGCACCAUCCUGCCUUAUAUAAACUGCUUCUGACAAAUUUGGUUAUCUUUGUUGAGUAUCCUGUAGAAAACACUCAUAGUAUCAUACGUUCUAAAACCAACACCCAUGACACAGCUGAACAAAUACAGAAGAAAGCGAAAGUUGUGUUUCAGUCAAAAAUGGAACAGCAGCACUUCAAAGAACACUUCACCCAACCCAAGAAACCGCAGUGGUCACUUAAUAACCUCAAAAGUCUGAAGGCCAAAUGUGCAAACAUCCUUGCAAACAUAUUUACAGGAAUAGCCAAGAACCCAGGAAAAGCAAAAAUCUCUACUCAAGGCAAAACUACAAAAGUGUUGUUACCCAAGAUAUUUGGAGAUGAGCCUGUCAAGAUUAAAGUCUUACCUCUGGGAUACUGCACCAGCACCAUUCCAGACCAAAGCAGUCGAUGUGAUUUACCAGGGUGCAACAUAAAUAAAGAUCUGUCUGGGAAAAUAUUUGAGGGCUGUUCACAUUCUUUCCAUCAUUCCUGCCUUGGCGAAAUACAGUUUUGUCCCCUCUGUCAAGCCUUCCUUGCAAAAAAAGCAGAGAGUCUUUCGAAAACUGCCAAGGAAGCUAUUCUAAACCCUAAAGAAAAAGAAAGUGUAAAUGAACAAUCCAAGAACCUACCAGCAGAUGACAGUGAACUAGAGGGUGGAUGA